AUGAAGUGGUUAUUUCAAUACAAGGCGAAGGCAAACGUCACGCCUGACGAAACCUUUCCACAGGAAAUAAGCGCUAUUAAAAGUCACGCCGAAGAACAAUACGUUAGCGCCCUAGUGCGCUUCCAUCAGCGUAGACUUGUUAGUCGCAAGAACAAACUUGAAAAGGCUAAUAUUGCCAAGUCUCGAUCGCAAUACAAUGUAAAUACACGUGAAAGAUCACGUUCGCCCUUGAGGAACACUGUAAAUGCUGAUGUCGACAGGAUAGACAAAAUAGAAAAUCAGCUUUCAGAGCUGAAAGAUCUUAUAUGUACACGCUUUCAGAGUGAUAAUAAACAUGUUGAAAAGUACAACAGUGUCAUCUCUGAAAAAUCAGUCGCCAAACCCACUGCAGCAAAAAGGCUAUCCAAGAAUAAUAAACGCAAAAAGCGUAGAAAAAAUACACUACACAAGCGAGUGACUACAGAAAGGGAGAAAAAAAUAAAAUAUACCUUAAAAACCUUUCAGACAAUACAUUAACUGAUCACCAAGUCACCGUGUUAGCAAAAGGGCUUAAAUUUAUUGAAACACCCGUGACAAAUGAAAAUAAGAUCAGGCAACAAUUGUUGCGUGACUUCGAACAAUUCGCUAGGCGAAUGAGACUUAGAUAUAUAUUCCACGGGAAUGACAAGGAACCACAUCCUUUCCAC